AUGUCGGGUCUCAACGAGCCACAGACCUUCCUCGCCAAGUACACCUUGUACAAGCGAGCCACCGAAUACAUUGCAGGAUGGAUUGCCGAAACCGCCGCGUCCAUCGGCUUCGAAGUCAAAACGAAAGAACAAAAACAGACAAAGUCGAGAUCUAAGUCGAAAAAGGGCGCGGGCAGGAAAGGCAACCAGAAUGCGAAAGGUGGAGGUGGUGGCACAGUAUACCAACUCGGAGUAUCGGACUUUGUACCCAUGGCAGAAGCGAUAGCAAAAGCUGGAGAAGAAGCAGAGUCUGAGAUUAUGGUCCCUGUUGCUUUAUGCAGGCACUUCAGUCGCGCCAUUCAGACACGUCGGAAGGUCUCGCAAUGGUACAAGGCGAAAGUCAACCCGGAUACAAACAGUGACCUGCGGCACGAAUAUUUCAUCAAGGUUCUCGAGGACACCUUCGCAUCCCUCAAGCCAUUCCUCGGGUCGGGCGGACCAGAAAUCGCACGCAACAAUGGUUCCGCUACUAAUGUGGCUGACUUAUCUUCACGCAAUCGCUUCGCGGGGCUGACCGUCGAUGAGCUCGUGGCACUAGCCGACGAGGAAGAUAUUGCCGAAGAUACACUCCCUGACGUAUCUAAUGUCACGCUCGAGGAAGCUGAGGAAGACAAAGAGGACGACUUCUGGAUUGCUGUUGCGCUUAUGCUACAGGAGCAACAGGACAUGAGGGAGGUGGUCCGUGACAACUGGCAGAAAUACAAGAGCGGCAAAGUCGACUUGAUUGUGGCAGCCAUGACCACGGAUACGGCUAUUAAGCUUGCUCAAAGUGCGGAGGCGAAGUUCGACUUGCUAGUAACACGACCGAAGAAAUAUCCAGUCACGGAGUAUCCGGUCUGGACGCUCCCCGCCGUUCUUUUUUACAACAACCACGAGGAUAUGCACAAGUGGUCUCUCGCGGAGAUUGCAAAGCCUUCCACCAGGCUUGGCGUUACAGCGGACGCCCAGAGUGAAGCACAUUUCGACUUCUGGCCGGUCUUCGCUGGCUUGAAUGAUGCCGAAGGACUUCGGCGAUGCCAACAUCCACAAUCGAACAUUCAGAGCAAUCGAACAUUCAGAGCAAUCGAACAUGCCCAAAUCAUGCGGAUCGUCGCGAAAGCAGCCAAACGCCCACCACUGCUGGAUAUGGUCUCCAAAGGUCUAUUGGACAUGUUUACCGAGCACAAGAUCCCAAUGUGGCUUACAUAUGGCGUCCAGCUUCAUUUCGACUCGCAAGACAUCAUGGGCGAGAUGACCAACCGACCGCAUUUUGAACUUCAGGUCUACCUGAACCAUCUAAUGGGAGUAGAACAGGCCAUUACGAAUAACUGGGAGGAUCCGAUGAUGCCAGACAAUAUCCAAGAUGAAUGUUACAAACCUUUCAGAGAAGCAUACAACGACAUCAGUUCCUGGGCCAACCAUGACGGAUUUGCCGAACAAUGGCAACAGCUUGCGCAAGAUCCAAAAGUCAAUGGACACCCCAUCUUCGGGAUGAUGAAGAAAAAAGCGUUCUAA